CACUUAUUCAUGGAGAAGCUCAAAUUGCUCUCAGUGUUGAUAUUCUUAGCAAUUUGCCACACUUCUUUGGCUAUCACAGAUGGUUUGUUACCAAAUGGAGACUUCGAACAAGGACCAAAACCGUCACAACUAAAAGGAUCAGUAGUAACUGCUCCAAACGCCAUUCCACAUUGGACAACCUCAGGCUUGGUCGAGUACAUAAAAUCCGGCCAGAAACAAGGCGACAUGGUGCUUGUCGUCCCCCAAGGUUCCUACGCCGUUCGCCUCGGAAACGAAGCGUCAAUCAAACAGAGAGUUCAACUUUCAAAGGGGAUGUUCUACUCCAUCACGUUUAGCGCUGCGCGCACGUGCGCACAGGACGAGAAGCUCAACGUUUCUGUGACUCCUACGAAUGAGAGAAGAGAUUGGGGCGUGUUUCCGAUCCAAACAAUGUAUGGUAGCAACGGUUGGGAAGCACUUUCAUGUGGUUUCAGAGCGGAUUAUCCUGUGUUAGAUAUUGUCAUACAUAACCCUGGUGUGGAGGAAGAUCCUGCUUGUGGUCCUCUCAUUGAUUCUGUUGCUUUGAAGCUUUUGACCUCAACAAGGACUAGAGAUAAUUUGCUGAAAAAUGGGAACUUCGAAGUAGGACCAUACAUGUUUCCUAACACACCAUUUGGAGUCCUAAUCCCACCCCAAAUUGAUGAUGCCCACAGUCCCCUGCCAGGCUGGACGGUAGAGUCUCUCAAAGCCGUAAAAUACAUUGAUUCCAAACACUUUACCGUUCCCGAAGGCAAAAGAGCGAUCGAGCUCGUGGCCGGCAAAGAGAGCGCCCUAGCACAAACGGUCGUCACCUUUGUCGGCCGAGUCUACGACCUCAUUUUUGCCGUCGGGGACGCUAACAAUGCUUGUGAAGGCUCAAUGAUGGUUGAGGCAUUUGCUGGCAAAGACACUGUCAAAGUUCCUUACAACUCUAAGGGUAAAGGAGGGUUUGUUAGGGGGAAGCUAAGGUUUAAGGCUGUGACAACACGCACAACAAUUAGGUUCUUGAGCACUUUUUAUACCAUGAAAAAUGAUCAUUCUGGUUCACUUUGUGGUCCUGUUAUUGAUGAUGUUAGAUUGCUAAGUGUUCGUUAUCCUAGACGUAUUGGUAAUAAUUAAGAUUAUUUGCUUAAGUGUGGUUGAUCUAUA